AUGUAUCACAUUGCUCAAUCGACGGCGAUUCCGACUGAUCUGGUCAGCUUCGCGGUUAAGGCUGUUGCUGGAUCGUCCCUUCCUUCUAUUUCAGCUGAUUCGGUGGCUGCUGCUGCGGCAUCUCUCUCACAGCCGGCUGGUCUUGGGACUUCCCGUGAAGCUCCCCUCGAUUGUUCUCAUUGCAAUCGUCCGAAUCACGACGUUUGUGACUUGUUACCAACUUUCUUGCAUAGAAGGUGUGGAUAG